CUGCACACAGCCGGCGCGAAUGCUGCGGCGGACACCUUGCAGCACACUGAAAUAUCGGCAUUCGGGGCACCGCCGUCCAAUGCUUCGUCAACGAAUGCUUCGCCGGUCCCGUUCGGGAUGGCGCCACAGCCAGUUCCACCGAUGCCUCAGAACCAAAAUCUUGCCAUUUAUGAACAGACACCAUUUUCACGCACUGAUGGCAGUUACUCAUCGUCACCAGUGAUGCCUCCGCUUCACAUGCAUCAACAGGCAGCAGCUGCUGCUGGUCCUGGUUGUUCACAGCAUUCUUGCACAUCUCUUCUUGUUUUCCACUGUUUCUUGCAAAAAGCUGUUGUUAUUUGUUUCUAA